GUUCUGCAGCUGAAGUCCAAGAUCAAAGGCUGUAUGAGUUUAUGUAUUUCGGAUGCUGUCUAUUUAUCAGGUGUUUUGCUCCUCUCUAGGAAUAUAAAGAUGAACAGAACUGACCUCUGCCCGCCGUUUAACCAGCAGGUUCCUGGAUGGCAGAUCACCCCGCCUUCCUUUUAUUGAGUUUUCUGUCCUGUGGUCUUCCCUUCAUUUCUGCUUCACUUUAUGACUCACUGAAAGCAGUAGACUGGAUCAAGCUGCCCCCCGACACGGUGCUGCUACAGGUGAACGGUUAUGAAGUAACAAACUUCAGCUACAAUGAGAACCGUCUUCCCAAACUUCGCUUUCUCAGUCUCUCCUCUAACUGCAUCAGGACUUUGCCAGGUCCGGUUCUUUCAGAUCUGAAAGGGAAAUGCCUAAAGGAGCUUCCAGAAUCAAAACUGAACCGCACCCAACAGGCGAUCACCUCGGUCUGCACCUGUGAGGUCCUCGGGAGCUACCCCGUCCCACCCAACAGCACGGCUUGUGCAGAGAUGUUGAAGGGCUGUGGAAGCAGCUCCGUGGCCCUUCCCAUAGGGGCCUCCCUUCUGUUGCUUCUGGUCAUCUGUGGAAUUGGGUGUGUCUGGCACUGGAAACAGAGGAACACGACACAGUUCACCCUCCCGAGGUUCCUGCAGAGGAGAAGCAGCAGGAGGAAAGACUAUUCUAAAACACUCUCCGUGGGCCCCGACGUUAUCAGCUCAAAGUCCAAGGUCUCUGUUGAAACCCAUGACCCUGGGUCUGCUGCCAGGGAGACUGCCCUGCAUGACCACUAUGAGAACCUGGAAGUGCGUGCACCCAAAGCCGAAGAAGCCGGGAAGGGUCUGUACGAGAACAUGCAGCCGACGGCCCUGGAGGAGCACAUCUAUGGAAACGAGGUGCCCUGCGACUAUUACAACUUCCACAAGCCCGGUGCUCCCGAGGCCCCUCAGGAGGAAGACAUAUACAUUCUCCCGGAUUCAUAAUAACUUUUAAUUGCUGGGUUUAGUCGUUGGAGGAUGUUCACUGGGACUUUUGGGACUGACGUCGGUAUCGAUCACGUCCUUCUGGUGAAGCUCGGUGACGUCCUGUCUGAAUCUUCGCCAUUGGAGGAUGUUCACUGGGACUUUUGAGACUGACGUUGGUAUUGAUCACGUCCUUCUGAUGAAGUUCAGUGACGUCCUGUCUGAAUCUUCGCCGCGUGGAUCACUGUGGGUUACAUCUCAGCGCCCACCCCCGCCUGCCCUAGACUAAUUCUGCAUUGUGUUGUAUCGAGUCUCCCCUCUGAUGUUACCUGUUACCUUUGUCUUUUAUUUGUCUCUCCACCAUCCUUUUCUGCUCAGGUUAAUUGUCAUGUCCCCUAAUCGUCUUCCUGGCUCUGUUUCUACACACCCCACAGUUCCCCACGACGCUGCCAGCUUUCUCUUCAGAAAACACUUUCAAUAGCAACAUACUCCUGGACCUAAAACCUUCUUGUGUAAAAGACCUAAUACUCAUAAUUCUAACUGCAGAAUUCCUGAUUUUCCACCACUGGUUUCCAUUUACUUUUCCAGUGACCUCUGCUUCUCUGUUUGCAUCAGAAUGAUCUCAAAACUGGCCUCCCUGGCCCCUCCUCCGGCUUCCCUCACGGGCCCCUCCCACCUGCCCCUGUCCUCACUCCUCCUGGAGGGCUCUGAGUCCCAGGCCAUUUACCUUUUUCGUUUCUGAUCUGUAGAUUUUGCUGCCAGUUCCACUCUUUGAUCAUUUAAACAUAUGAAUGUUUGUUAUGGCAUUUUAGUAUUUAAAUUUGUCAUUUGAGAAUGUCGUAAAUUCUCGUAAAUUCCCCGCUGAGUAGUAAGGAGGUGCCUCGUGCAUUUAGCCCUGAUGCCUGGAUCAUCACCUGAGCCACUCGUUACCGGUCAAUUGACAAGAAUUGAAUUGUACAUUUUGCUAAGUAGUUUUUGAAUCUAAUAAAUGUAUCCAUCCAAGGAA